UAUCGUUCCCUCUCUGCAGCUCACAUCCAGGCGUGUCGCGCUCUCAUGAUCAUCUCUCUGCUGCUUGGCCUCGGCCCCAUGAUCGUGUCUCUGCUCGGACUGAAGUGCAUCAAGAUCGGCUCGGCCACCGACCAAUCCAAGGCUAAGGUGGCCAUUACCGGGGGGAUCCUGAGUAUCCUCGCUGGUCUGUGCUGCAUGAUAGCAGUUUCCUGGUACGCCUUCCAAGUCGUGCAGGAGUUUCACAACCCUUUAUUCGGUGGCGUGAGGUUUGAGCUCGGUGCCGGUCUUUAUUUGGGAUGGGGUGCAUCCAGUCUGUCCAUGUUGGGUGGAGGUUUUCUCUGCUCUGCCUGCAAGAGAGCGUCACCUGAACGCAAGCAGGGCGGUUACUAUGGAAACAAGCCUAAAGUCUACACAGCUACAGCCAAGUCCGAUCCAGACUCAGCCAGAGCCUACGUCUAAACACACACACACACAC